CGGAGAGUCUAUCCACUUCGGACUACGCUGCGAGACUCGCAAGCUACUUGAGUCCACGGCGAAGCUUCCGGGUCAUCGCCCCUAAUAUCUCGACGCUGAUUGGAGCUACCGCCAUGCAAUUUGCUUCCUUAAGGUCGUUGCGGAGUAGAUAUCUGCCCGCUGCCUUUUCUUUUAUUUUCCCGUCCAAUGAAGAUCUUCGACGAGAAGUCGAGCCUCGCGCUUGCUUUCCGCUUACUGGCUAGAUCUGAUGUGGACCAGGGUACAUCCUGUGUCGGUUUCGGACUUCAGAGCGAGAUCGAACUGACUCCCCCUGAUGUUGGAUCGCAAACAGGCGUUGAGGCCUGGGACUCGGGUAUAUAAGCUGGCAUGUAGCCUGCUUGUUCAAUCAUUCAACAACCUUUCAUCUCUACUCCCCUGAACGCCGACCAUGAUCACGUCUGCUUCUCGAGCGCAGGCCUCCAAGGCUCUGGCCUUCGGCCAAAGAGUGCCGUUCAAGAGCCACGCAUCUGCGCGUCUUCUGUCGUCCACCACCACCCGCUACGCCGAUGAGCAGCUCAACAAAGUCUCCUCCAAGAUCACACAGCCCAAGUCCCAGGGUGCCUCCCAGGCGAUGCUAUACGCGACCGGGUUAACGGAAAAGGACAUGUCGAAGCCCCAGGUGGGCAUUUCAUCGGUGUGGUUCGAGGGUAACCCCUGCAACAUGCACCUGAUGGACCUGUCUGCGCUGGUUCGCGACUCCGUGUCCAAGGCGGGCCUGGUGCCCAUGCGCUUCAACUCCAUCGGCGCGUCGGACGGAAUCAGCAUGGGCACAUCGGGCAUGCGCUACAGUCUGCAAAGCCGCGAGAUCAUCGCCGAUGGCAUCGAAACCGUCAUGAACGCCCAGUGGUACGACGCCAAUAUCUCGUUGCCCGGUUGCGACAAGAACAUGCCCGGCACGCUGAUGGCCAUGGGCCGUGUCAACCGCCCGAGUAUCAUGGUCUACGGCGGCAGUAUCAAGCCCGGUUGCAGUGCGGGCGGAAAGCCGCUUGAUUUGGUCAGUGCCUUCCAGGCGUACGGCCAGUACCUCACCGGCGAGAUCGACGAGAAGCAGAGAUUCGACAUCAUCCGGAACGCUUGUCCCGGCGCCGGCGCCUGCGGCGGUAUGUAUACGGCAAACACCCUGGCCACGGCGAUCGAGACCCUCGGUAUGACUGUUCCGGGGAGCAGCAGUACCCCGGCAGAGGACCCCCGGAAGCAGGCGGAGUGCACGGAAAUCGGACAGACGGUCCGGAACUUGCUGAAGGAAGAUAUCCGACCCCGGGACGUCAUGACGCGACAAGCAUUCGAGAAUGCCAUGGUCGUCGUGAACAUCCUCGGAGGCAGCACCAACGCGGUGCUGCAUCUGAUUGCCAUUGCCGACUCCGUCGGCAUCAAGCUGACCAUCGACGACUUCCAAGCCGUCUCGGACAAGACACCCUUCCUAGCGGACCUGAAGCCCUCCGGAAAGUACGUCAUGCACGAUAUGUACAAGAUCGGAGGCACACCCGCGCUGUUGAAGUUCCUCCUCAAGGAGGGCCUGAUCGACGGCUCCGGCAUCACGAUCACCGGCAAGACCAUGAAGGAGAACGUGGCCUCGUGGCCGGACUUCUCGCCUGAGCAGCCUAUCAUCCGACCCCUCAACAACCCCAUCAAACCAACCGGUCACUUGCAGAUUCUCCGCGGCUCGUUGGCCCCGGGCGGAUCGGUCGGCAAGAUCACCGGCAAAGAAGGCCUGCGGUUCGAAGGCACAGCCAAGUGCUACGACUACGAAGAUGGGUUCAUUGAGGCCCUCGAGCGCGGCGAGAUUAAGAAAGGCGAAAAGACCGUCGUCAUCAUCCGGUAUGAGGGCCCCAAAGGCGGCCCCGGUAUGCCCGAGAUGCUCAAGCCCAGCUCGGCCAUCAUGGGUGCCGGACUGGGACAGGAUGUCGCGUUGCUCACGGACGGGCGCUUCUCUGGUGGAAGUCACGGUUUCUUGAUCGGUCAUAUUGUGCCGGAGGCGAUGGAGGGUGGUCCUAUUGCGCUGGCUAAGGAUGGGGAUCGCAUUGUGAUUGAUGCGGAGCAGAGAGUCGUCGAUCUUGAGAUCCCAGCGGAUGAGAUGGAGAUGAGGAGGAAGGCGUGGAAGGCGCCCGAAUCGAGGGCGAAGAAGGGCACACUGAGCAAGUAUGCCAAGCUGGUUAGCGAUGCCAGCCACGGCUGUGUCACGGAUGGUCCUAUCUGAAGGGGAUGAUCUGUCCAAACGCCUCCAUGGUCUCCGGCCCCGAGUACAACGCUACUUGGAGUGUCUCGCCAAUUGAUUGGAAGCUGUGUCUGUUUGGAACUUGACACUUGAUCAGUGGAGGCCGCGGUUCCAUGCAGAAGGAGAAAAGGAGAACCCAGCGACACACAAGUGUUGGCUCUCCGAGUAGACGAGCAAAAAGCGACUUGUCACCGGAUUAAUCCGAGGAUUCUGAUCUGGAACAACAUCACCAGCUUCUGCAGCUCAGCGGGAAGAGGCAGUUCAAGUCCCAACCGCACCUCCGAUACAUAAUUGUCAUGCAGAUGGCAUAUCCAGCUGCCGCUCUAGUCGAUCAGUUGAAUCAAAAAUUGCGCUAAUUUAAC